UGCCCUCCGUUAGCUCCUCUCCGGCCCCGGGUUUGUUGGGCAGCUGUCAAAGUGGGGUGAGGGAGAGAAAGCGGAACUAGCUAACUAGCGAGCUAGCUGCACUUUUUUUGUUUAAGCUAGGUUAACGACUCCGGAGCGGACGCUGCCCCAGUUUACGACACCUUGAAACAACUUUCCACACAAUGCCGCAGAAUCUCGAGCUCGGUGCCACAGGAGGAGCCUCCAAACAGGACAGCAGCAAGAUGGAAGACAUGUCUGUGGAACAGAUUGCCAUGAGGGCCGACCAAGUGACUGACGAGUCACUGGAAAGCACGCGGCGGAUGCUGCAGAUGGCCGAGGAGAGCAAACAAACAGGCGUAAACACCAUGGUGAUGUUGGACCAGCAAGGAGAACAGCUGAAGCAUGUGGAGGACGGCAUGGACCAGAUCAACCAGGAUAUGAAACUGGCUGAGAAGAACCUCACCGAUCUGUCCAAGUGCUGCGGGAUCUGUGUCUGCCCCUGUGACAGGGUGUCAACUAUUGAGCAUGAGUCGAAAUAUAAGCGAACCUGGGGAAUCAGAGGAGUAGGAGGAGAUGGAGAAAGUGACGACGGUGGCUCGAAGGUGAUCUCAAGGCAGCCGCCGGGUGUUCGUAACGGUCAGGCCGGCCAGUUGAACGCCUCAGCCCCUUCAGGCCCGUACAUCAAGAGGAUAACCAACGAUGCCCGCGAGGAUGAGAUGGAGGAGAAUCUCGAUGCGGUCGGCAGCAUUAUUGGCAACCUGAAGAAUAUGGCUGUGGACAUGGGCUCUGAGAUAGACAAGCAAAACACGCAGAUUGACCGCAUCACCGACAAGGCGGACAUGAACAAGGUUCGCAUUGAUGAUGCGAACCAACGAGCCAACAAGCUCAUCAAAUAGACAAGGAACCACGCUUCUGCCAAUUUCAUCUAUCAACCUUGAGCCUGUGUCGCCCCCACACACACACACACACACACACACACGCAUGCACACACAUACUUGCACAUAUGCACAGACACACAACAUAAAAUAGAAAUCCACUCUGGGAGAAUGUUUAUGCCAGCAGUGUGCCUCCUGCCUUUACUGCACUAAUAUGUCAAGAGAGUAUAAACAUUUAUACAGUCUAUAAAUUGGCCACCACCUCGUAUCCUUAAACAUUUGUAUUCAUAGUCUCCGUGCUGGACUUGGGGAAGAAGUGUGGGCAUCAGGAGCUGCAGCAAACAGCCAGUGACUGAGUGCCUGUCACGGCUGUUUGAUACCAAAUAUGGACCCGACUUGUAUCGUAUCAUAUCACAACACACUCACAGGAAGGGAAGUAGCGCAGGUCAAAUACUGUUCCUGCUUAUUUUAAUCCCCCUGUUUGCUUUCCUCUUGAGUCAAGAGCUAUGAACUGUCUCUGUGUAUAUGCCUCUCUGGAAUUUAUGGACGAGGUAGAUCCAAGGUCUUUAAUUGUCUUUAAGUGAUAUACAGCACAACAUUAAAUUAUGUAUCACCCCCCCCAUUGGUUUUACCCUGAUAGAGCUGCAUCCACUUUGAUCAUAAAACAAAAUUCUUGGUCUAAAACAAAUCAAUCAAAUUCCUAUUGGUUCCCUGUUAAUUGUAUCGUGUAUUGUUUUGAGAUGCUUAUUUAAUUAUUCUUUAUCAAGCAGAAAUGACUUAUGAAUAAAGUUGUCUUUUCUUUUCUUUUUUUUUUAAAAACACUUUGUUCCCAUGUUAUUUUUUUGUCAUUUCCUCCCCAAGUUGUUUCAAAAACAAGAAAUAAAAAGUUGUGCUUUGGAGUCGCAGCAGAAACACUGUGACGCUGGGACUCCAAGCACCUUCCCCCUGAACGAGAGCAAUUUAA